AUGGUAUUAAUUCAGUGGCAUUUUUAUUUUUAUUUUUCUCUAAAUUUUCUAUUAUAUCGAGCUGCUGCUGUUUAUUCAAUUCAAUGUUGUACAGGUGAUGAUAAUACAUGUUCAUCAAAACCUGUUGAUUGUCCUUCAAAUAUUUGUUUUAAAUUAGUAAUUAACAAAGUAACAGAAGAACGUGGAUGUCUUGAUGAUUUAAUAAAAUUAUUAAAUUUUGCAAAUAAAGAUAGUCGAACAUUUAAUAAUGAAAAUGGAUUAACAAGUGGUUCAUCGAAUGAUCAAUGUCAUAAAUUAGGUGCACAUGCAAAUAGUAUGUCACUAUAUUUUCAAUUUCUUUUUUUUUUAUUAAUUAAAUAUUCAAUUAUUUCAUAA